AUGAAGCUUGGUAGCAAGAUUUUUGCAGAUAUCAACAAUGUAUCAGGUGGAUCUUCGUUGGUGUCUACGAGUUUGUAUAUUGGGGAAGGAAUGGGUUAUCGAAAAUUUAAAAUGUUUGAUGGUGGUUUGAACUUCACAAUGGUCUCUGAGAAUGAUGUAUUCUUUAAUGGUGUUAAGACUUCUGCAUUGGUUGAGAUCAAUCAAGUAUCUACUGUUUUAGGUGCUGUAAAUGAACUUGCUGAUGUUGAGAAAGGAGAGCAUGGUGCCACUAUGUCAAAAGAUAUUUUUCAAACUUUCAAAGGUGUAUCUUCGUUAUUACCUCAGACAUGGGAUGUUUGUGAAGGGAGGCCUAAUAAAAAGUUUAAAUUGUUUGAUGGCAAUCUAAAAUUUACAAUGGCUUCUGUAAAUUGUGCUCUUAUAAAUGAUGUCUGUAUAUCUGCUUUGAAAGAAAUCAAACAAGAAACUGUAGUUGGAGAUUACCAAAAUUCUGUUGUUAUGAGUGGUGAUGAAAUUACAAAAUUGAAUGAAUGUGAUAUAGCAUCAGCAAGUAUGAAUUUACAGAAUGGUGUUGAUGCUAUUUUGGUAAGAAAUUCAUGUGCUUCUACCUCAAAAGAAAUUAAGUCUACUAUUUCUGUCGGGACAGAAAAUUCUCUUUUUGCAUCUGAAGCAGGAUAUUUGGACAUUGGUGAUCCAAAUUAUGUUUGUUCACAUUGUAGUGCUAUUUUUUGGUAUGAUGAGCGAUUGAGGAAAUCCGUUAAAGCUAAAAAUCCAAGUAUGAUGCCUCUAAAAGAUUGUCGGCCCAAAUUUGCUCAGUUGUACAUUUAUGACACGGAGAAUGAAGUGAAUAAUCGCAUAUCGGCUGUCAGGAAGGAAGACAAAUUAAGUUCAUUGCAUUCGGAAAUAGUUUUGGAGAUUCAACAAAUGCUUGAUGAGCAUAAUGCUUUAGUGAAGUCAUUUCGAAUGGCCAAGGAAAAGUUGGUUGACAGUGAUGACUCUGUGAAGUUGAGAUUGAUUGGCAAAAGAGGGAGAGAUGGGAGGAGAUAUAAUUUGCCAGUUGCGUCUGAAGUAGCUGCAUUAAUUGUUGGUGAUCUUGAUGAAAAUAUAUGUGACAGGGAUAUCAUAGUUGAAUAUCGCAGUGGACAACUGAAACGGAUUGACGAAUUGCAUCCAGCUUAUCUUCCUCUACAAUACCCAUUGCUGUAUCCGUAUGGUGAAGAUGGUUAUAGGGACGAUAUACCAUUUUCUGAGUCGAAAGCAAGUUUGGGGUUUGCUCGCAAAAAAAUUAGCCCAAAGGAAUAUUUUUCCUAUUAUUUGCAUGAUAGGUUGAAUUCCAUGUCUUUAAUAUUAUCUUCUCGGCGAUUGUUCCAACAAUUUAUAGUUGAUGCGUAUACAAUGGUAGAAGCUGGCCGAUUGAAGUAUGUGCGUUCUCACCAGAAGACUUUACGUUGUGAUUUGUAUAAAGGUUUGGCUGAUGCUUUAUUAAGUGGUGAAACUGAUGGUUCUAGGUUAGGGAUGCGAGUAAUUUUGCCAUCAAGUUAUACUGGUGGUGCUCGAUAUAUGAUUCAAAGUUAUCAGGAUGCAAUGGCUAUUUGUAGAUGGGCUGGAUAUCCAGAUUUGUUUAUUACGUUCACUUGCAAUCCUAAAUGGCCUGAAAUUUUGAGGUAUGUUCAGAGUCGAGGUUUAAAGCAUGAAGAUCGUCCUGAUAUCGUUUGUAGAAUAUUUAAGGCGAAACUAGACAAUAUGAUUGCAGAUUUCCGACGUAAUAAAUUGUUUGGGGAUGUCGUAGCAGUUAUAUAUACUGUGGAGUUCCAAAAACGUGGCUUGCCGCAUGCGCAUAUUCUUUUGUUUUUGGGAAAGGCUAAUAAAUAUCCAGAACCUGCAGACAUUGAUAAAAUUAUUUCUUCUGAAAUUCCGGAUCCUGAAGCUGAUCCAGAUUACUAUAAAGUUGUGAGUGAAUUUAUGGUGCAUGGACCAUGUGGCAUAGUAAGACCUAAUUCUCCUUGCAUGUCUGAGCGUCGUUGUACUAAAUAUUUCCCAAAGAAUUAUAGAGAUGCUACAAUAGUUGAUGAAUAUGGAUAUGCAGUCUAUAGAAGAAGAAAUAAUGGUCGAAUUAUCUUAAAGAGUGGUAUACCUUUAGAUAAUCGAUAUAUUGUGCCUCAUAAUCGGUAUUUGUUGAUGAAGUAUGGAGCCCACAUUAAUGUUGAAUGGUGUAAUCAAUCUCAAUCCAUCAAGUAUUUGUUUAAGUAUGUUAACAAAGGUAAUGAUCGAGUAACAGCUGCAUUUUAUAAUUCUACAUCAGAUGCUGAUUCUGUUAAAGAAGUGGAUGAAGUUAAGAUGUAUUAUGAUUGUAGAUAUAUUUCUCCAUGUGAAGCUGCAUGGAGGCUUUUUGGAUUUGAAAUACAGUACAGGGAUCCUGCCGUGGAGAGAUUAGGAUUUCAUUUGCCAAAUGAGCAGCAUAUUAUAUAUGAUGAGUCAAUGAAUUUAGAUGAUGUUAUGAGCCGUGAAACUGUUACUGAAAGUAUGUUUUUAGCUUGGUUUGAAGCUAAUAAGAAAUAUCCUGAUGCUAGGCUGCUGACUUACCCAGAAUUCCCAACUAAAUUUGUUUGGAAAAAGAAAAAAAGGGAGUGGACACCACGGAAGCAAGGAUUUGCCAUUGGAAGGUUGCGCUUUGUUCCUCCAGGUUCAGGUGAUUUAUAUUAUAUGAGAUUGCUUUUGAAUAUCAUCCGUGGAGCUACUUGCUAUGAGGAUUUGAGAUUUGUUAAUGGUGCUCAGCAUAAUAGUUUUAGAGAUGCAUGUUAUGCAUUGGGAUUGUUGGAUGAUGAUAAGGAGUAUAUUAAUGGAAUUAUAGAGGCAAGUAAUUGGGCAUCUGCUGCUGCACUAAGAGUUUUAUUUGUGACAUUGUUGUCUUCUGAUUCUAUUAGUCGUCCUGAAGUUGUUUGGAAUAGUUGCUGGAGUUUAUUGUCGGAUGACAUUCUUUAUAGACAACGUAUGUUGUUUAAACAUCCAGAAUUGGUGAUGAGUGAAAUGGAAAUUCGAAAUUUUGCUUUAGUUGAGAUUGAAAAAAAGUUGUUGCAGUUGGGGAGAAGUUUACAUGAUUUUGAAUCAAUGCCAUUUCCAUCUGAACAAUAUCUUCAACCUGCUCAGAAUCGAUUGAUAAUGGAGGAGUUAUCUUAUGAUAGAGAAGCUUUAGCUAAAGAGCAUGCAGUUUAUCUCUCUAAGUUUAAUGCUGAACAACGUCAUGUGUAUAACUCUAUAAUCAGUUCAGUUGAUUCAGGUAUUGGAGAGACAUUUUUUGUAUAUGGUUCAGGUGGGACUGGGAAAACUUUUCUGUGGUCGGCUUUGUCAGCUGCUAUCCGUUCAAAGGGAGAAAUUGUCUUGAAUGUUGCGUCGAGUGGAAUAGCAUCGUUGUUGUUGCCUGGUGGAAGGACCGCUCAUUCUCGGUUUAAAAUUCCAUUAAGUUUAAAUGAAGAUUCCUUUUGUAGUAUUAACCAAGGAAGUCCACUUGCUGAACUUAUCAUCAGGACUAAACUUAUUAUUUGGGAUGAAGCUCCAAUGAUGCAUAAGCAUUGUUUUGAAGCUUUGGAUAGAACUCUCCGUGAUCUGAAGCGUUCCUCAACAGAAAUGGAUGAUGGGUCACAAAAACUUUUUGGAGGUAUAACAGUUGUUUUUGGUGGUGAUUUUCGUCAAAUCUUACCAGUUAUUCCUAGAGGUGGUAGACAAGAUGUUGUUAAUGCUACUAUUAAUUCAUCGUAUAUAUGGGAUCAUUGCAAGGUGUUGAGGUUAACAAAAAACAUGAGAUUGUUGAAUGCUGAUUCUGAUAUUCACAUUUCAAAAUUAAGAGAAUUUUGUGAAUGGCUGAUAGGUGUUGGUGAUGGUGUUAUUGGUGAUUGUACUGAUGGAUGUGGACAAGUUGUUAUUCCGACAGAUUUGUUGUUGGAAUGUAAUGGUGAUCCUUUGCGGAGUAUUGUUUCUUCAACUUAUCCAACAUACGAACAAAAUGUUGAGGAUGUGUCUUAUUUAGAAGAUCGAGCUAUAUUAGCACCGACUUUAGAAGUUGUUGAAAUGAUAAAUCAGUAUAUGAUGGCUCAAAGUGGUUUGGAGGAUCGAAUUUAUCUAAGUGCUGAUAGUGCAGUGCAAUGUAGUGCACGUUCUGGUAUUUUAGAUGAGAUUCAUACUCCAGAAUUGUUGAAUGGGAUACGAUGUUCUGGUAUUCCAAAUCAUGAAUUACAUCUCAAGAUAGGCACUCCAGUGAUGUUGUUGAGAAAUAUUGAUCAUAAUGUUGGAUUGUGUAAUGGUACUAGGUUGGUUAUUACUAGACUUGGAAAUUAUGUUUUGGAAGCAAAAGUUCUUACAGGUUGUUGUGCUGGAGAUUUUGUUUUGGUGCCUCGAUUAUGCCUAAUCCCUUCUGAUAUCAGGUUGCCUUUCAAGUUUCAACGACGGCAAUUCCCAUUGAUUGUAUCUUAUGCGAUGACCAUUAAUAAGAGUCAGGGGCAAUCCUUAUCCCAUGUUGGUUUAUUUUUGAAGAAACCAGUUUUUAGCCAUGGUCAACUUUAUGUGGCUAUUUCAAGGGUUACAAGUCGUAAGGGUUUGAAAAUUUUAGUAUGUGGAAAUGAAGAUGAACAUUGUGAUGUUACUGACAAUGUAGUGUACAAAGAAGUUUUCCGCAAUGUAUAA